AUGAACAACGUAACAGUGGACGUAGAGUAUUGCAACAAAUGCAAUCCUGAUUUUUUCAAAAAGUUUCAGGAACUAGAAAAACAGAUUAAGAACCUGCAUCCCAAUGUAAAUGUACAUGGACAGGUUGGACGCAGAGGUUCUUUCGAAGUGCAAAUAAACGGCUCUGUGGUACACUCCAAAUUGCGAACAAUGGCUUAUCCUGAUUGUGAUGAUUUGGAAAAACUGGUGCAAGAAGCUGAAGAAGGCAAACUUGUCGAAAGACAAUGCAAGCAGGAACCCAUAUCGAGUUGCUCAAUUUCGUAG